UGGUGCGACUCGGUUGGUAGGUAGCUGAGAUGGUUCGUUCCGAACCUCGUGUUUAUUAAUGGUCUUUCCUUCUUUUGCCCGGUGCACAGCUAGUACGAAGUAUUGGAAGCUCUAUUGCUGCUGCGUGGCUCAAUGAUUUCUCGAACUCGUGCUCGGCUGGGCAGGUAGCAGAGCCACCUCUGCUACUUAGUGUCCGCGAUUCCGAAUCGUUAGCAUCAUCGCCAUGGGUUGGACUUGGACUGCCUUCCUGCUGACCUACCUCCUCGGAGGCAUUACAUUCAUCCCGCUGCUUGUUGCAGUCGUCUUCGCCCAUGCCUACUACACCCUCCCCUACCGUGAGGAUGGCAGCGCAGCGCAAGCCUCGGCAAACGAUCACGACCUGAUCCAGCCAGGCGACGACCUUGAUCCUCUCAAGGCGGCACAGAAGGAUGGCGCCAGAGCAAGGGCACUUCACCAUGACUCCGACGUUGCGGCCGGCUAUUUUGCCGUCUGUCGCGAGUACACGCCCAUGGGAAUCAACGCUAAGCCCAUUGAACGGUCAACUCCCGUCGGGUCCGCCACGGUAGCCGCGCCUAGCCCAAGUGUCUAUCAGACCAUGUACCGCAGCAUCUUUGAUCGGAGAGCCGGUCCCGGUCCGUUAGACAACAAGAAUGGCGUCAGUCAACGCCCGAAGAAGGCUGGAAACGUCUUCUACGUGGUGCUUAGACACGGACAUUUGAUGCUUUUUGACGAUGACGAGCAGCUGGAAGUGCGCCACGUCGUAUCUCUCGCGCAUCACGAUAUCAGCAUAUACUCGGGGGAGCCUGUCACGCCAGAGGGAGAGCUAUGGAUCAAACGCAAUGCCAUCUGCCUCUCACGGCGGACUGACGGACCGGAGUUAGGUCCAGACAGUCAAGUCUCCAAGCCAUUCUACCUGUUCUCCGAAAACUGCUCUGCCAAGGAAGACUUCUACUUUGCCCUGCUGCGGAAUCAAGAGCAGACGUUUGCCGCAGAGAACAGGGCGCCGACGCCCAUCCAAUUUGACGUCAAGAACAUUAUUUCGCUAGUUCAGAAACUCCAUUCAUCCGAGGAGCAUAUGCAGACCAGGUGGUUAAAUGCCGUGAUUGGAAGACUGUUCCUGGGUGUCUACAAAACCAAGGACAUUGAGAACUUCAUCCGGGCAAAGCUCACAAAGAAGAUUUCACGAGUAAAGCGUCCAUCCUUCCUGUCCAACAUAGCCAUCAAAGCCAUCGACACGGGCGAUUCAGCACCAUACAUCACAAACCCUCGCCUCAAGGACCUGACGGUCGAGGGAGAGUGCGGGCUCGAGGCUGACAUCCGUUACACCGGCAAUUUCAGGCUUGAGGUGGCAGCAACCGUUCGCAUAGACUUGGGGUCUCGUUUCAAAGCCCGCGAGGUAAACAUAGUUCUGGCUGUCGUAUUGCGGAAGUUGGAAGGGCACGCUCUAUUCAAAAUCAAACCUCCACCCAGCAACCGCAUCUGGUUCUCCUUCCAGCAGGCGCCAAAGAUGGAGAUGACAAUUGAGCCCAUUGUCAGCUCCCGGCAGAUCACCUAUACCGUCAUACUCCGCCAGAUAGAAAGUCGGAUCAAAGAGGUGGUUGCAGAAACGCUCGUUCUACCGUUCUGGGACGACACACCUUUCUUCAGCACCGAGCACAAAAAGUGGAGGGGCGGGAUCUUCCACGAUGAUACAGUGCAGCCAUAUACCGACCUCGAGUCCUCUGCCGCGCAAAUGGGGGACCUGGCCGAGGUGGAACGCCUUGAAGAGAGUCAUGGAAUCCAAGAACCCGAGCUACCGGCCAUGGAAAAGAGCCAAAGCGUGCCCGUUCUCGAGAAGAAACCUUCGAUUACCCUCUUUGGGAGGAUGUCGAGCAAGAGCAAGACUGACUUGGCAUCUUCUCUCUCGGCGUCCCCUUCGGCGUCCUCAACAAGUAUCGAGGUCAAGAGCGAGCCGCAGAAAGAGGUGAAGAGUGAACCUAAAGGCGAAUCCAAGAGCGAGCCAGUUUCGCCUCCUCCGAUAUUCUCGCAUUCGAUUGCCCAACCCUCGUCCCCUACAGUCGGUACCAUCGCUACGCAUGCGGACCACUUUAAGCCAUCCUCUCCACCCACUGGGAGCCCCGCGGCAUCAGCAAUGGCGACUCUAUCGGCGAAGUCUCACCCCCCGUCCCCAGCUCAAAGUGCCAACUUGAACGCCUUUAAGCCCUAUGUGACGUCCAAGUCCUCCAAAACAGACAGCCACUCCUCAGCAUCAUCCCAGGAGGCCACGGAUCCGGAUAAAAACAGAGACAAGACACCGCAAGCCCGACGGAACACUGCCUCAUCUACAGGAAGUCACCACAGUGACAGUGGCUCGUCACUGUCUGCAGGAGACUUGGCCCACAGCCAGCCGAGUUCUGUCACAAGGGGCUUCUUUGGCCGCCGUGGGACAGCGUCCUCAAUAUCGUCUGCGUCAGAACCUGGCACCAAUAAUAACGAGUCGCAGAAGAGGACUGCUCUAGCUGCCGUGACCAACGCGGCUGCAUCUGCAAAGCGGUGGGGACUGAAUGCCUUCCAGCGGCGGCUUAACGAUGGAGCAGCCGCAAAUUACAGCAAGCCUACACAUAGUACGUCGUCACUUGACCUCAACCAGCCAAUGGGGCGCGGGCAGCCGCUGCCACCACCCGGCGUACCUCUCCCGAUGCCGGACAAGAAGACCGCGACCGCACCGAUUCAGGUACCAAGGCGAAAACCAGUACCUCCACCGCCGAUGGAAGAGCACAACGAAUCCGCAAGUCAGAACAGCGAGCAACACCCAUUGCCACCCCCUCUCCCCAAGAGACGCCACUAUCAUGGCGAGCAGGCGGAUGAUGGGGAUGGCAUGCUCGUGGUCGCCGCACCUGCCGAUUCCGAACCGACAACUCCGCUAAGCGCCUCGCAUGGCCCGUCAUAUAUGCAACCGUGGGUGGAAGACGUUGAGAAUUCUGAUGAUAUUGCUCUACCAACAGCUGUAGGGGAGCCGGGAUCCGAGCCAUCGUCACUGACGAUGGCAACCGCAGCGGUUCCAUCAGAUGAUCCGGUUGGACCUCUGCCCAACGAUGAUGAGGAAGACUACUCCGCUUGGAUGGAUAAUACAUUGACCGAGGAAACAUGACUCCACAAAGCCUAGGCCUGUUGGAGGAUUUGGAUUGUGUACGAUGCAUACUGGUUAGCGGAUUAUGGUUCUUGGCGUGGCGUUCGGACUUGGGCCCGGGAAGACUUCUCAGCACACUGGUUGGGGCUCUCUAUACGAUUAUAGGGACACGGCGCUUUGGAGGACAUAAUGGGAGCAGGUUGGCCCUUCCGACCAUGAAUAUAAGAGUCAAUGGAACAAGUCACUAUCUCUGCUGAGAGCCGUGAAUUUCAGGUUUGGUGCCCAGGUGAGAGCGGCCAAGUGGAUCUAGACGGGAGGGAUGCCGCAGGGGCUGUAAGGUAGCCCAACAACAGCCGUUAUUCCAUUCAACACAGCAUAUGUCUUGCAUUACCAGAGAUUGGUCGAAAACCUAUGGUUCCCCCCUCGCCAGGUUCGACCCGGUCUCCGGAUCUUGCCCUGCCCCCCAAACCACAUAUUGAUUUCAAGGGC